AGAGAGGCUCGUCUAGCAAAUCUCAGCGCAGAAGGAAGGAAGAAGUAGAAGAGACUGACGGGAGGCGGGGAUGGGAGGAGGAGCUGCCGCCUCUCGCCCGGGGCCUCAGGAAGGAGCUGCGUGAAGCGGGCACCUGAGGCCAGAGCCUUGGAAUGAGGCGGCGGCGACGGAGGCGCCGACGGAGGUGGUCGUUGUGAGGGAAGGAAAGAGGAAAGGAAAGGGGCCGGCGAAGGGGAGCCUCCUCACUCCGGCGCCGAGAUGGAUGAACAGGAGGCCCUGAAUUCUAUCAUGAAGGAUUUGGUUGCACUCCAGAUGAGCCGACGUCCCAGAUUAUCUGGUUUUGAUAGCAUGAAGCACAAAGACUGCCAUUCCAACAGACAGAAAAAACAUAGUACAAACAACCCAGGUGUCCUGAACAACCCUACAAUAACAAAUCAAUGCACUCGUACAGGAGAGGACAAAAGAGCUCAGAAUGAUGUGAGGAUAAAGUUUGAAUAUAAUGGGGAAAGGAGGAUUAUUCCUUUCACCCGGCCUGUCCGCUAUGAAGAUGUGCAGCAGAAAGUGAAAACAGCUUUUGGUCAAGUGCUAGAUCUCCAUUAUAUGAAUAAUGAGUUAUCUAUUCCCUUGAAAAGUCAAGAUGAUCUCGACAAGGCAGUAGAUCUUUUAGACCGAAGUUCAAAUGUGAAAAGCCUUAGAAUAUUACUGCUUUCUCAGGACAGAAACCAUACCAGUCCAUCAUCGCAUUCUGGAAUGCCAAAGCAAGUCAGAAUCAAAACUUCCCAAUCCGUGGGCGAUGUAAGCACUACUUACCAGCCGCCUGAAACCAGAAGCAGGCAUCUCUCGAUCAGUUCUCAAAACACGGGUCGAAGUUCACCCCCUCCAGGGUAUGUUCCAGAGAGGCAGCAGCGAAUUGCUCGUCAGGGCUCCUAUACCAGCAUUAAUAGCGAAGGAGAAUUCAUCCCAGAAACCAGUGAACAAUGUAUGCUGGAUCCUUUAAGCAGUGCUGAAAACUCUAUCUCUGGGAGCUGCCAGUCCUUGAGCCAAUCAGGAGACAGCCUUUCUUUUCUGAAAUCCUGCAUAUCCAGGGCUCAGAGUUUCCCGGACAACAGGCAAGACUUUACAGAUCGUGAGAAUCAAAUCUAUGACAGAGCAGAGAAAGGUGGAACAUACCCUCGACGUUACCAUGUCUCCAUGCAGCAUAAAGAUUACAAUGACGGCCGAAGGACAUUUCCCCGCAUUCGACGGCACCAGGGCAACCUCUUCACACUGGUGCCCUCCAGUCGCUCUUUGAGCACCAAUGGGGAGAAUCUGGGCCUGGCAGUGCAGUACCUCGACCCUCGUGGGCGCUUGCGAAGUGCUGACAGUGAGAAUACUCUCACUGUACAGGAGAGGAACAUCCCAACCAAAUCUCCAAGUGCUCCAGUGAACUGGAGAAGGGGAAAACUCCUAGGACAAGGUGCCUUUGGUCGUGUGUAUUUAUGCUACGAUGUGGAUACAGGGAGAGAACUUGCUGCCAAGCAAGUCCAGUUUGACCCAGACAGCCCUGAAACCAGCAAGGAAGUGAGUGCAUUGGAAUGUGAGAUUCAGUUGCUGAAGAACCUCCAACAUGAGCGCAUUGUUCAGUAUUACGGAUGCUUGAGGGACCGAGCAGAGAAGACUCUGAGCAUCUUCAUGGAGUAUAUGCCAGGGGGUUCUGUCAAAGACCAGCUGAAGGCUUAUGGUGCUCUAACGGAAAAUGUGACCCGGAAGUACACUCGGCAGAUUCUGGAAGGAGUCUGUUACCUUCACAGCAACAUGAUUGUACAUAGGGAUAUCAAGGGAGCAAAUAUUCUCCGAGAUUCUGCUGGUAAUGUGAAGCUUGGUGAUUUUGGGGCCAGCAAACGACUACAGACGAUUUGCAUGUCUGGGACUGGCAUCCGUUCUGUCACAGGGACACCCUAUUGGAUGAGUCCAGAAGUGAUCAGUGGGGAGGGCUAUGGACGAAAGGCUGAUGUCUGGAGCCUGGCAUGUACUGUGGUGGAGAUGUUAACAGAGAAACCACCUUGGGCGGAAUAUGAAGCCAUGGCAGCCAUUUUCAAAAUUGCCACGCAACCAACAAAUCCCCAGCUGCCUUCUCACAUAUCCGAAACUUGUCGAGAUUUUCUAAGGCGGAUCUUUGUGGAAGCCAAGCAGAGACCUUCAGCCGAAGAGCUGCUCCAGCAUCCCUUUGCACAACUGCCAUAUUGAAUUCUCCCCUUCCCACUGCAAACAGCACUUCUCCCUGCGGUUUGACACUCAACUUUCUGAAGAGGUUGUCCAGCAGCCAUAGCAAAGUGUCAGCCCCAAAUGCUGGUCCAGCUUUGCUAUUUGCCUAGAAAGGCAUGGUGUGAGAAGAAAGCAAGGUUGUCAGUUUUUUUAGGUUGACAUCUUCGUUUUAAGAUGGAUGUUUUCAGCAGCUAUACAUUUACAUCUCUGACCUUGUUGGGGUGCUGACAUGAUGCCAUGGUGUGCCUCCAUGAAUAUAUGAGUUGGAAGCCAGCUGGGAGCCAUCUAAUUUGAAUGUAGCUCUGUGCCAGAUGCUUGGCCAAAGUGGAAAAGGAGUACUUACAAUUUGUGAUGACUGCUAAGACUCACAAAAGCAUGUGUUGGGAUCAUGCUUUCAUUCUCCGUUUCACAAUUCCCCAGGACCUUAUCAAGUCAAGUGCCACAAAGAACAUGCACUCCAUUAUUAUUAUAUAUAAUAAUUAUUAUAUAUUUUUCUUAAGUAUUCAGCAUCUGAAAGUGUUCAGAAAAUAUUGAUUUGGGUAAACAUGUGAAUAGUAUUGUUUUAUAAUGACAACUCGAAGAGCCGGAGGCAAGGUCUUUUGAUCCUUCUUUCUAUUUCUUUACCUUUCUCCCUCUCUUAUCCAAAUAUCUGGAUGAUGAAAUAGGGGGUUCCCAUGGAACGCAAGCACAAUGGGGCCAAAGGAGUGUAGGCUCCCUGUACAAAAUGAGGGAAUCAAGCUUUUUAUUAUUAUUAUUACUAUUAUUAUUAUUAUUUAGGACUGGCCUGUUUGAGGGUGCAAUUCAGGACUGUGCAUUCUGUGUCUAUGCAAUAACUGUGUGCUAACACAGAAUUUAGUUAUCUGGCACACAAAAAUCAGCAUCCUGGGACUCAACACUUUUAACUUCUUUAUUUAUUUUUUUAAAAAAAUAAAAGCAAGUUUCUAGUCUUUAUGGCAGCAGAGAAACUAUAAAUGUUGAAACUAUGGAAGGUGCCUUGUGACUUCCUAGAAGCCAUGGGGUACUGAGCAGGUGUUGGUUGGGGCAGAUGUUCAGUGCCCCUUCCAUUAAUAGCAAAAGCCAAAUGAUCAAAACCAAGAAUAUAUAUGAAAUUACACAUGAUUUGUAUAAUUUAUUCAGAUCAUAGAACAUCAUUUUAUAGGUUAUUUUAGCACAUGCAUUCAAAUGAUGGAAUUGUGAAAAAUGUUUGGCAUGCAUCAUGGAUAGCUGUCUUUCACAGUUGAUAAAAAACCAUUGGAGAGCUAUCACUGCAGCCUUGAUAUUUUAUUGACUUGAAUCUCUAAAGACAUUGGAAUCUUCUAUACCUCCAUUAGAUGGCUUCUUCCACCUUUCAGCAGAAUGCCACUGGUGCCAUACUUAGAUUUGCCAAGCCUUCUAAACAAAUAUCAGUGCUACCAAGAUUUAUUUCAGGGAAAGGUGAAUUACUGUUAUUGAGCCUAAACAGAGAACCUUUCUAUUUCAUAAUGAAUAGGCAUCUAUCAGAAUUCUCUGUUUUCCUCAUCUCCAGUUAAUAAUUUUUGGUUUUCAGCCUAGUCUUGGAUGUACUUCCAAUGCUGAAUUAGGUCUUCAUUAUGAAUCCUGGCAUUGUUUUGGGGCUCUCCUGUGAGGCUCCUAUGAGACCCUUUCCAACUUUGAGCUGCUAAUACAAAUAUUCUUGUUUGUGCUAUAGAAGUUUGGAUUUCGAAUAUAUAGUAGGUUCAUGCAGGGCCUCUGUAAGAGCUAUAAUCUUUGGGAAACUCCAGUUCUACAUAAAUUUUUGAGAUUUCAUUUUCAAAAAUAGAUGAAAAUGUAACCAGUUUGUUAUGCUGAAAAGAAUAUUGUGUUGCUUAUUAAGUUUUUCCAUAUGCCCUUGAUACAUUUUGGACACCUAUGUUGCAACCAAAAUACCCUUGAUUUGAUAUUUUUGACAAGAUAAAUCAAGGUGUUCGUAUUUGUGCAAAGUUACAUUUACUCCCACAAACAAGCAAACUAAACACCUAUUAGCAACAAAGCUGGGCAGUGGAGAGACAGCAAUGUAUUGUGGUUUGAGUGUCAGGCUGGGAUCCUAGAGGCCAGGGUUUGAAUCCCCACUUGGCCAUGGCAAAUCUGUAGGUAACAUUGGGCAAUUUGCAUUCUCAGCCUCAAAAAAAGGCAAAGGCAAACCACCUCUGAACAAAUCUUGCCAAGAAAAGCCCAUGAUAAAUUCAGAUUGAUAGUACACAACAAUAUACUUGUAUUUCAUUGCAUAAUAAUUGUCACCGUGUAAUAUUCGCAUCCCUUUUGGGGAGUCAUAAAAUUGGUAUUUUGCUUUCCUCACAUACUAGUCGCAUUGUUGGUUCAGUAAGGGUGCUUCACUUGGCUGCUUGCUUGCCUGCCCCUCCCCUUUCAGUCACAUUCAGCUGCAGUGUUUUUUGACUCAGUUGCGUGAAGCACUGCUUAAAAGGAAAAUUGACAAAAGAGUGAAUUAAGCACAGAUUUUUUUUCAUUGCAUAAUGUCAAAAAGGGGAUAAAAGUGUGGUUAUUAUGUGAUGAAAUACAGUAGGAACUGCUUUCUACCAGCAGAGGUACCUUUAAACAGAAUGCAGUUGAAGUGGAUAAAAUUACAGCAAAGGUGAAAUGGUUCGCAGUCUUGUAGCAUUGGCAAGGUGUGAAGCCACUAUCCAGGAAUAGUUGACCUUUCCAGGACAUUGCAUUUGUGUAGCACAAGGAUCAAGGUAGAAUGAUUUGUCCUUAACUAGGCUGAGAUCCAAAAAAAAAAAAAAACAUUGUUUUUAUUUUCUAACAUGCCAGUAUCCUUUGUAAAUCUUGAAGAUAGCUUGAGGAGUUUGAAGGUAUCUAUGUCCUGAAAUGCAUCUGCUCCCUUGUAGUAUAUGCUGUUAUUAAACAAAUACCCAACAUCAGACUUCCUCCCUGUCUCCAAGAAUGUGAUUAUGUUGGCUUGGCUGCCCAUUUGUAUGAUAUACUUCAGUACCUGGACCCAGGCUGCUGAUUCAGCAUGAGAAAUUAGCCAAAGCAUUACAUGUAUGGAUGCACUUUUACAAAUGUAUUUAUAUCACUCUUUGUUAAGCUUUUUACAUCAUGUCAGCAAAUUGUGAUGCCUCAUACUUUUUUAUUUAUAUCAUAAUUUGUUGAUUUUAUAGAUAUGUACAGCAACUGUUAAUGGGAUGGGGAGGGAGGAAAUUAAAACAUUUAUGAAUUUGAAAAAGGGAAGAGAAGCAGCUGGUUUUGCAAAGAAUAUUAUAGUUUUAUAAUAAGAUGUGCCAAGCCAAAAUGCCUCUUUGUUUUCUCACAGGUCUGUUGGGGAAGGAGAGGAGAAAAUCUCACAUUUGUUUACAUGAAUAGGAAAUAAAUUGUGAUAUAGAACACCAGGACAUUUAUCCCACUUUCUGUGUCUAGGAUACAUUUGUAAGAUGCAGAAAUAUUUACUGCAGAUCAUUUUUAAAACAUUGGUAGCCAACAGUCUCAAAUGGAGUCACUGUCCAUCCUUUCUUGGAUCACUGUAUGGUCACAGAAUUUCAGCCUACAUUUUUAACAGACUUGGGUUCAUGCUUAUCAGAUCCAUAUGAAUUCUGGAAUGCAAGAAUUCUGGAAGAGAAAGCCAUUUGCUUUGUUGCAUGUAAUCGAUAAAGAUCCAUGCAUUGUUGCUACUCAGAGCAAUAUGGAGAAAGAAUAGUUUCCCCUAAAAAAUAAACAUAGGUCUCUUUUAUGUAUUUGGGCUGGUUUCUUGCAUGCAAAUUCUUUCUCCAUUAGUCUCAUUGACUGCUAGAUAUAGAUAAUGCCUCUGCAAAGGAGACAUUUGAGGAGGAGGAGGCACCCUCAAGGCCAGGAAUGGCAUCUGGAGUGUCAAGCUUGACCGCAAGGGACACCAGGGCUCUAUUAGCUACAACGGGCUCAUGCUGUCGAUGGUCUGCCUCCUCCGAUGUCAUGGUGCCUCCUUUUGGUCUCCUCUUCAGUGAUGGAAUUCUGAUCCUGCUCCAUCUCCACUUUCCUCUUCUUUGCCUUCUCCUUUCCCUAGAGAGCAUUGACCACAGUCUCGCUCACAUAGGGGUCCGGAGGGGUGCUGUCAGUGGGCCAUUUAUCCAAAGGGGAGGAUGGAGAGUGCAGGUUAUCCUGAUCUUCAUGGAGCUCUGGAUCAGGCUGGAAUCAUAGCCAUAGGUCACACACACUCUCUGCACCCUACCAUAUUCACCCAGACCUCUCCAUGUAGCUGGUUAGAGAACUCACAUAUUGAGAUGGUCUUAAUGAGACAUGUCUCCUUUGCAAAGGUGGCUGUCCUUUGGAUAUAUAGGGGAGUGACAAAAUUAACUGGUAAAAGGUAGCAUUCUCACCCCCAUUUUCCUCAAGGAUAGAGCUGAUAUGGAGGGUGAACAACCAAAAAGGGCUGGAGUGUGAUUCUGUUUUAACUCAGAAGUCACUCUUUGAGUUCAAUGAAAUUGUAUUUUCAGUUUGUAUUAAAAACAAUUUCCCUUUUGGUUGCAUAUAUUUUGCCCAACUGUUUCCAGUCAGAAUGCCAUUUUCUUUCCCGUCUAGCAAAUUUGAUUCUUUGGCUGUUUGUGGUAGCAUCCUGAGUCUUACAUUUUUGCUUUCAGUUAAUAUUUCUGAUCUUUAUGAGUAUAGGUGAAAGGGAAGAGAUUUCUUAAUGAUAAUUUGCAGAUGAAAUCGUAACAAUUUGUGAGGAAACAAAGAUGUUUGGGCUUGGCACGACGAUUCUGUAUACUCCAGGUUCACCUAGCAGUAUUCUACUGAACUGCAGUAUUAUAUCCUUAUUGCAGGAAGGAAUGCCAUAUCUAAAUGACCUUUCUGCAUUGAAGAAGUUUUCUCAAACAAAAUUUUCUCCUCUCUUCAGUGUCCCCUAGUGUGUUGUGAAGGAUUGGCUGCCAUCACCCUCAGUCAAAAUAGCCAGAAAUGUAGAGCAUUGGAAAUGUAGUUCAGCAGUCUCUGGUAGACCACAUGUUCUUCAUCUCUAGUCUACAAAGUCAUUGAGAGUAUGAAUUAAAACCCACAGAAUCCUUACAUUUUAAAUGGCCUUUAGUAAAGGUUUUUUUUUUAAGAUUCGCUUUAAAGAAAAAAUCCAUAUAACAUUUUCAAAAGUAUGCCAUGAGAACUUGAUUUGUAAGGGGAAGAUUUGGGCAAUUUGCAAUCAUGAAUAACCUGAAGUGUACAGAAGACCUUGAACCACUUGUGUCUUUCUAAUUUUUAUAAGUACUUAUACUGACCAGAGCUUGCAGUGCAAAGCUAGGCCAAUGUAUAACUAUUAUUUACAAUAAAAUAUCAUUUUCAGUUA